AUGCGCGUUCCGAGCUGUAAUUGGCAUUUGAAGCUCAGAGAUUUAUCCUCCAAUGCAAAAUGGGCAGAAUUGCUCUGCCAUUUCCAUCAAGUAAACAAAGCUGGGGGGCUUCAACUACCACACUAUUCAAUCUUCCCUCCAAUUCUCAAAGCGUGUUCAAAUCUCCUUUCCCACUCCUAUGGAAAAUCAAUACAUGGGUGUCUGAUCAAAAAUGGGUGCGACUCAUACACUUCCAUUGGUAACUCCACAAUGGACUUCUACAUCAAAACCAAGGACCCAGAUUCUGCAUUGAGUGUUUUCAACUCCAUGACAUGGAGAGAUCAAGUUUCUUGGAAUAUAAUGGUCUAUGGGAGCCUUGACGAGGGGAAUUUAGAACAAGGGUUGUGGUGGUUUAACAAGGCCAGGGUUUCGGGUACCGGGUUUCGACCCAAUACUUCUACUCUGGUGCUUGUAAUUCAAGCCUGUCGUCGGCUUAGAGAUAAAUGUGAAGGACUCAAAGUACAUGGCUAUGUCAUUCAAGCUGGGUUUUGUUGUAUUUCCUCGGUUCAGAACUCGUUGUUGAGUCUGUAUGCAGAAGAUGAUGACAUGGAAAGUGCACGCAAGCUGUUCGACGAAAUGUCUGAGAGAGAUGUCAUCUCUUGGAGUGUGAUGAUAGGAGGUUAUGUGCGUUGCGAGGAAGCCAGAAUCGGCAUGGAGAUGUUUCGAAAGAUGGUGUGUGAGGUUGGUGUGGAACCGGAUGGUGUAACGGCGGUCAGUGUUCUUAAGGGUUGCACUAGUUUGAGGGAGUUGACCAUAGGGACAUUACUUCAUGGGUUGGUGAUCUGUAGAGGGUUAGAUUCUGAUCUUUUUGUUGGAAACUCUUUGAUUGAUAUGUAUGCCAAGUGUCAUGAUGCGGAUUCUGCCUUUAAAGUUUUCAAGGAGAUGCCGCAAAGAAAUAGGGUGUCAUGGAAUUCCAUAUUGUCUGCAUUUGUCCAUAAUGAGAGGUACAUGGAUGCCCUGUCACUGUUUCAUUCUAUGGGGAAGGAAGGUAUCAAUGCCGAUGAAGUGACUCUGGUGAAUAUUCUUCAAGCCUGCAAGCAUCUGCGCCUAGUUCAUUGCAAGUCUGUGCACUGUGUAACAAUCAGGUGGGGAUUUGACUCCAAUGAGUUGAUCCUAAAUUCUCUCAUUGAUGCUUAUGCAAAGUGCAAUUGUAUCGAGCUUGCAUGGAAACUUUUUGAGAGGAUGCAGAAAAGAGAUGCGGUUUCGUGGAGCACUAUGAUUGCAGGGUUUACUCAUUGUGGCAGACCUGAUCAAGCAAUUGCCUUAUUUGGUGAGAUGGCCAGACUACAUGCACAGGAUGAUCAGAAGCCCAAUGAGAUUACAAUCAUAAAUCUCUUUGAAGCUUGCGCAGUUUCAGCCGAAUUGAAUUGGGCGAAAGGGGCACAUGGUAUUGCUAUUAGAAGAGGUUUGGCAGCUGGAGAUCAAGUAGCUGUCGGAACUGCAACUGUUGACAUGUACUCAAAAUGUGGGGCAAUAGGUGAAUCAAGAAAGGCAUUCGACCAGAUUUCUGGAAAGAACAUUAUGUCGUGGAGUGCCCUGAUAGCUGCAUAUGGCAUGAACGGUCUUGCACACAAAGCUUUAGCUUUGGUUGAGGAAAUGAAGCUGUAUGCUGUGAAGCCAAAUGCAGUGACUACCCUUUCUGUGCUAUCUGCAUGUAGUCAUGGAGGCUUAGUAGAAGAGGGUCUCUCUUUUUUCAACUCACUUGUUCAAGAUCAUGGUGUUGAACCAAGAUUGGAACAUUAUGCGUGUGUUGUUGAUAUGUUGGGCCGAGCAGGAAAGCUCCAGAUGGCUAUGGAUUUUAUCAAGAAAAUUCCACAAGGUUUAAAGGCCGUCGGGGCAAAUGCUGCUUGGAGUGCAUUAUUGAGUGCUUGUAGAAGCUAUGGGAAUAGAGACAUUGGUGCAGAAGCCGCUUCUCAUGUCCUUGAGUUAGAGCCUGAAAGUUCAACUGGUUAUUUACUUGCCUCAAGUAUUUAUGCAGCAGGUGGGUUGUGGGUUGAUGCUGCAAGUACUAGAAGGUUGGUGAAAGAAAAAGGUGUGAAGGUUGUUGCUGGUUAUAGCUUAGUUAAUGUUGAUAACAAGGCCUGUAGAUUUAAUGCUGGGAAUCUUGAUUGCCAUUCACUAGCUGCCGGAGAGAUACACUCUAUGGUUGAGCUAUUGCAUUCUUGUAUGAAGACUGAAAAGAAGAAAGUCGGUAAUUUUGAUAUUAUUGAUUAG